AGCCGUUUUGGCCCGAUCUACGUGCGGGCUGCGCGCGCCUCUCCUCCUCGACGAGGAGCCCGGGUGCCAUGGGGCGCAGCCGCAGUGCCAGCAGAGGCCGGGGCAGGGACGACGACCGCAGCCGCAGCAGGCAGCGCAGCCGCAGCAGGAGCCGCAGCGAGGAUCGGGGCGGUCGAAACAAGAAGCCUGACGACUAUGGCGUGGAGUCGAUCAAGAUCACGGACGACGACGCCGCCUUCAUCCUGGGCAAGGGCGGCAAGACGAAGGAGAAGAUCGCCCGCGUGGCGGACUGCGAGAUCGAGCUCUUCGAGCGCGACCUCAUACUGGAGUUCCGCGGGUCGAAGAUGCAGCGAAGGAGGGGCAAGAAGUACGCAGAGGGAGUCAUGGCGCAGCGCACCGGACCAGUCACGAUCACCGAUGAUUACGACGACGGCGACCUGACCAUGCUGUUGGUGCCCCAGGAGGCCGUUGGGUUUGUGACUGGUCGCGCUGGCAACUUCCUCCGUACCAUCGAGGAAGAGUGGUGCGUGCUGAUGUUUUUCUGCGAGGUCGGCAAGGGAAGCCGGGGCAAGGACUACGAGAAGCUGGCCAUCUUCGGACAGGUCGACGGGCGCCGUGGUGCGGAGCUCAAGGUCCUCAGCGCUGUGGAGACCAAGGUGCCAGGCAAUUUUGACAGGAUCCGCGACGAGGUAUUGAAGCGGGACAUCGGCAAGGACGAGACGGGCACGUGGGGCACAGACACCAUGACGUUCCAGGACGACGAGCUCUCGUACGCCCUGGGGAAGCAGGGCGGCACCCGCAAGAAGCUCGCGAGGUCGUCUGGGGCAAUCGUGCAGUACGUCGGCCACACGGCCCUGUUCUCCGGCGCCAAGAAGGAGAGGCGCAAGGGGAAGGAGUACAUUAAGUGGCUCUUCCUGCAGCUCGAGGGCCCCGUGUACGUGGACAAUUGGGAGGACCGCGACGACUGCACGGUCCUCGAUAUCCCCAGCGAUUGCAUCGGCUACAUCACGGGUGCUCGCCGCGCCACGCUCGGCUCCCUGGAGGAGGAGUGGGGCGUGCUGAUGUUCUUCAUGAGCAAGAACGGGGACAAGGGCAGCGGCAAGCGAGGCGGCGGCUCCGAGAUGCUCAUCAUCUGCGGCCCAGAGCGCGGUCGCCGAGGGGCCGAGCUGAAGGUGAUGAGCGGCAUCGAGAACAAGAACCCCGGGCACUUCACCAGGGGCAUCCGGGAAAAGACCUCGGACCGUCGUGGCUUCGACACGGACCGCUUCGUCUUCAAGGACGACGAGCUCAGCUACUCCCUCGGCAAGCAGGGUUCCACGCGCAAGAAGCUCGAGAGGGCGUCCGGCGCGAUCCUGGAGUAUGUCGGGCACGUGGCCUUCGUCGCGGGGGACAUGAAGCAGCGCAAGCGCUGCAAGGAAUUCAUCAACUGGCUCCUGGCGCAGCGGAAGGGCAGCGUCUGCAUCCGCGACGUGUCUGAGCGCGAGGACGCCACCGAGAUCCACAUCCCCGAAAACUGCAAGGGCUGGGUCACCGGCAACCGCGGCAGCGAGCUCCGGCGGAUGGAGGAGGAGACCCAGACAUACAUGUUCAUGGCGGUGGACGAGCGCGGCGACGAAAGGCUCACCGACCCGGGGUCAAAGCGCUGUCUUGACAGAGUGACAGGGCGGGGGUCCUGAGGCAUUUUGGCGACCCCCGCGCCCUUCCUGCGUGCAGACAGCGCCCUGCGUCUCACCUCCUCCCGCUGUCCCCUCCCUCCUCCCUCUCGUCCCUCCUCCCAUCCCUUUGAUACUUCGCUCUUUCCUUCUGCCCUCAUCCUCGUUCUCCGUUUCACUCGCGCGAGUGACGAUUAGUCACCAAGAGGGCGAGUUCGAUCAGAGAUGGACGCCCCAGUCGGGGGUGAUUUUUUUGGACUGCAUCAGCUUUCGAUGCUUGUCUAUCCAGAGACUCGGCCGCCCCACCCGAAGGUUCUCGCCCAGCUUUGCUCAUGAUUCUCGUCCUCUUCUCCGUUCCUUGUCAUUUCAAGUUGUAUCUACGCGCCCCGAGCGUUGCUUAUGCUGGUGCCAAGUGGGCCAGGGAGGGGCACUGUAGGGCCGCCCGCCAUGCGGUUUCAAACUCGAGCGCCUUGAUUUGUUCUACUCUGUGCGUCUGAAGGGCGGCUUUUGUGCUGCUGGUUCUCACGCUGCUGGUUCUCAGGCUUGUGGGUCGUCGCCGGGCGAAUGCCGCGCGCGGGGGUCCUGGCUCGUUUGGCGCAGGCUGCCGUAUGGGACAUCACGAGGGUCGCACCUGCUGCGUCUGACUGCGGCACCUGGCGGGGCGCGAAUCUGCGUCCAAGGCUCUGUGGGCGGCUCCCAGCCUCGUCAUUCCCCGAGCAGCGCGCGAGUGCUGCAAGGGCUUUGGGCCCUCAGAAGAGUUGCGACCUUGGGAUCAAUUGUUAUGUUUAUGCCACUGUUUGUUCGCCUACAGAAUGCGGGGAAGGUUUCUUUGUCGUGUCGUGCCGGCCACGUGUCUCAUUGUGCAGCGUUGGUGUCUGCGUCCGUUUGCCAGUGUAAGGUUCUUCCGCUGGAGCGAACCAGUCCUGCGCCGGAUAUGCGUCGGCAGUAUGUCCAAGUCCAAGAUUGUGUGGGCGAAAGACCCAUCCAUCUUGGGCAGGCCAGCUGGCGGCUGGCUGAACAGCCGGCGUUUUUUUUCUCUCUCAUCCUCGUUCUCCGCUUCGUUCCUCUUCGCCCAAGCAACUCGAUGUGCCGGAUGGGUUAAGGGAAUGCAGCUUGCAGCCGCCGUAAAACGGGUUCAAGCUAGGAGGAAGUUUCAGAUGCUAUCGAAGACGCCUACG